GUUGCGUUAAGAAAAUGGAUCAUCAUUGCCCAUGGAUAAACCAUUGUGUGGGUUGGGCUAACCAUGCUUAUUUUUCAUUUUUUCUUUUCUUUUCCAUCAUUGGAAGUAUUCAUGGUGCCAUAAUUCUAAUGUGUUCCUUCUAUCGUGGUAUACAUCGCUAUUGGUAUUUAACCCAUGGUUUGUACGAUUUGGCUAAUGUACAAUUCACUAUGUUUACAUUUGUAUUGUGUAUUAUUGCUAUGGGCUUGGCAAUUGGUGUAUCCAUUGCUCUAACGAUGCUAUUAUACUUCCAGCUUAAAUCCAUAUUAACAAAUCAAACGGGUAUUGAACUGUGGAUUAUGGAAAAAGCUCUUUAUAGACGUAAAUUUAAUCCUGAGAUACCAGAGUUCAAGUAUCCUUAUGACUUGGGUGUACGGCGUAAUAUACAACAAGUGUUUCAGAAAUCGUGCCUAAUGAAAGGAGAUGGCGUUGAAUGGCCUGUUAUCGAUGGCUGCAAUCAGUACACGUUAACGCGUGAACAGUUAGCACAGAAAUUCGAAAAACGUGCACGUACUAAAUCAUUCAAAUGCAUACGUCCAGCAACAGGUCGUAUUUUACCACUAUUUUCUCAAGGCUGUCGUGUUUGUAUGUCACCGCCGUGUACGGAUGAACCUCGUAUUCGUCUAUUACCAGGUGACGUUAUAAAAGUUACACGUUUUCGUAAGCAUUGGCUAUUUGGAGAGCGCGUUUUGGAAGACGUAAAACUAAAUGCAAAAAAAAUGAAGCGUAAAGGACCCAUACGUGGUUGGUUUCCAAGACGAUGUGCCAUUGAACUGAUUACACCAGAUCAUGUGUCGGAUUCUGACAGUGUUGAAGAUUUGGAUAAUUUAAAAAUAUCAAAAAAACUAGUAAACGAUUUAAAUGCUAAAAAUCAUAAUGCAAAUAAUGGCAAAAUAAAGGAACAACAAAAAAAUGGAAAAAAACGCAAUUGAUUAUAGUUGUCUUAUGUAUUGCUUAUAUAUAUGAUGGUAUAUAUUUACACCUUUUAAUA